AUGGACUCUGGCUGGUUCCUGCUGCUGGAGCUCUGUGCUGUGGUUCUCCUUCAGGCCGAACUAACGGGAGGGCAGGACGACCUGAGAGUCCUCCUGCAGCAGCUGAUGGUCAGAGUGGACAGACUGGAGCAGGACAGAGGUAGAUCUCAGGUGGCAUUCUCGGCCUCACUCGUCACCACCUCAGAGUGGACCGAUCAGGGACCGUAUGGCAAAGCAAACCCGCUUAGGAAAGUGGUGACAAAUAUUGGCAACGCAUACGACCCAGAAACAGGUGUCUUCACUGCGCCCACAAAUGGAGUCUACUACAUCCGCUUCACUGGGAGCGUUGGAAAGUUGGGGUCCCUGAAUGCAGCGGUGCUGAAAAACGGCGAGAACAUGUUCGCCAUCUACAACACGGUGGGCCACAUCAGUUCAGACUCCAACGGCAUGACGUUGAUGCUGGAGGAGGGCGACAGAGUCUGGGUCAUUCUCUGGAAAAACAACAGCAUUGGUGACCAGAGUCGGCUCAGCACCUUCAGUGGAUUCCUUGUCUUCCCCAUGCUUCUGGUCCUGUUGGGGGUCUGUGCUCUGGUUGGGGUCCAGGCUCAGGACGAUCGGAUUCUGAAUUGUGACAGAACCACAGAAGACAACCUGCGAGUGCUGGUGCAGCAGCUGACAGACAGAGUGCAGAAACUGGAGAAAGAGAACAAUGCCAGAGUUUACUCCCCAGGGUAUGAGGAUACCACCACCUGCUGA